CUUAUAUGCUCUCUCAAAGUAUUAACCAAUCAGCGCUGAAAAUUGUAUAAACAUUGAGAAGCGCUUGUAUUUAUAUCACGUGUUUAAACUUUAAAAUAAUUCAUUGACAUAUAAUAUACUUUUAAAAAGUAUCUUUUAUGAUACUUAUUUAACUGUUAGUAUAUGCAUGAAAAUGAACAAAACUCUAAUAUAAAAGAAGAAUAUAUUUCAUAUAUUUUUUUUAUUUUCCUAAAAUGAAACAUUAAAAAUGACAGACCCAACUCCAACAACAGAAAAAUCGAAAAAAAUUAAUGCUAUAAAUAAACAAGCGAUUGAAAAUAGUUUGGAUAGUGGAGCUACGUUAAUUGAUAUUAAAUUGAAAGAUUAUGGAAAAACAUGUAUUAGUGUCAGUGACAAUGGUAGUGGUGUCUUGGAAGAAGAUUUUGAAGGAUUAGGACUGAAACAUCAUACAUCCAAAUUAACAGAAUUCUCAGAUUUAAUAGAAGUAAAUACAUUUGGAUUCCGUGGAGAAGCUCUUAGUUCCCUUUGUUCUUUAUCUGACUUGACUAUUAUUACAAGGCAUGCAACCUGUGAACAUGGUUUCAAACUACAAUUUGAUCAUAACGGUAUACUAACAACAAAAGAAGCUUACGCAAGGGAAGUAGGGACUACUGUACAUGUUAAAGACAUUUUCAAAUGUCUGCCUGUUCGUGCAAAAGAACUUCAAAAAAAUUUAAAAAAAGAAUAUACUCAUGCCAUUCAAUUAUUGUAUAGUUAUUGUUUGGUUUCUACUGAAACCAAAGUGACAUGUACUAAUUUAGUGUCAGGUAAAUCUUCUAAUCAAGUAAUCAAUACUACAAGCUCCAGUGACAUUUUGAAUAAUAUUAAUAUAAUAUUUGGUAAAAGAUCUUCCGAUGGACUUGUUAAACUUGAAUUGCUUCAUCCUAAUGAAUCGACUCUGCAAGAAUAUAACUUGCAAAAUAAUACAGUUAUAGACUUUGAAUGGGACUGUUAUAUUAGUAGUUGUGAUCACAGUACUGGACGUUCUACUCCAGAUAGACAAUUUCUUUAUAUAAAUGGUCGACCAUGUAAUCUUACAAAAAUCAGUAAACUGAUAAAUCAUAUUUACCAUAAAUAUAAUAAUAAACAAUAUCCAUUUAUCUUUUUAAACUUAAAACUAAAUAAACAAUCAACAGAUAUUAAUGUAACUCCAGAUAAAAGAACAAUUUUUUGUACACAAGAACGUUUAAUAUUGGCAUGCCUAAAGUUUAGUUUAACAACAAAGUGGAACAAACUACAGGGGAAUUUAACUGUGAAGCCAUUGGAAGAUUUACAAUUAAAAAUAAAAAGACCAAUUUCCCCUUCAAAUGAGGAUCCUCCAGCGAAAAGACUACAAAAUGUACACUCUGAGCUGUACAGUAAAAACGAAUUUGUAAAAGAACAUAAAAUAAAGAAAACUACACAAAGCGAUAAUUACGACGAUGAAAAUUAUGAUGUACAAAAUGAUAUAAGUCAGAUAAAAACAUUGGACAAUGCAGAAAUGUCAAUUAAUAUUUCCACAAUAAAACAAAAACUUGAAGAAACUAAAAAUGCAUUGGCAAAAUAUGCAGGUACUAGUGCAAGAAUCAAAUAUAAAGCACAAAUGGAUUCAAACCAAAAUAAUGCUGAAGACGAAUUAAAACGGGAAUUGACAAAGGAAUCUUUUCAUGAGAUGGAGAUCAUAGGCCAAUUUAAUCUUGGUUUUAUCAUAGCUCGCUUAAAUGAAGAUUUAUUUAUCAUUGAUCAGCAUGCUACAGAUGAAAAAUAUCGUUUCGAAAAACUAAAUAAAGAAACGCAAUUAAAAACGCAAAAAUUAAUUGCUCCUAAAUCAUUAAAUCUUUCUUCCUUGAACGAAACAAUAUUAAUUCAACAUCUGAAAACAUUUGAAGAUAAUGGCUUUUCGUUCAAGAUUAAUUUUGAAGCAGAACCUGGGCAUCGUAUAGAUUUGACAGGUAUACCAGUUAGUGGCUAUUGGCAAUUUGGUAAAGAUGACAUAGAAGAAUUAAUUUUUCUCAUUAGGGAAUGUGGUAUAGAAGAUAAAGAAAACCACAUAUUCCGCCCAUCUCGAGUAAGACAAAUGUUGGCCUCAAGAGCUUGUCGUAGUGCAGUUAUGAUUGGUACAGCUCUUAAUAAAAACGAAAUGCAAAAAUUAAUAACGCAAAUGGCACAAAUGGAAAAUCCCUGGAGUUGCCCUCAUGGUAGACCCACUAUUAGACACCUUCUAUCUUUACAUCUAGUACAUAAAUGAAUAAUUCUUUAAACACUAUUUAGACUUAUAUAUCAUAUAUUUAAUGUACCAAAAACAUUUGUCAUUUAUCUCAGCACAAAAAUAAUUGUGUAAGAUGUGCUCAAUGAAAAAUAUAUAUGUAGCCAAAUUUAAUUAAAAAAAUUUGUUUACAAAUAAAAUUAAGGAAUAUUAGA